GCUUCAUAAAGAUUGAACAUUCGGGCUACUUGUACAUUGAGCAAUUUCAGGUCGAAGUUUAAAUGAUUUGAAGUAGGUAAACAGCUGAUCUCUGACGGUUGAGAUGUUGAAACGCCGAAAUCUGUUCAAUUGGUUCGGUUCAAACCUCAGUUGUGUUACAUAUGUAAAUUCAAUCCAUUCAGUUGCCUGUGCAAUAUCAGGCGGUGUAGAUAGUGCUGUAUCUGCAUAUCUUCUCAAGAAGAGAGGAUUUCAAGUCAAAGGUGUAUUUAUGACUAACUGGGAUUCCUUGGAUGAAAAUACUGACUGUUCUUUAGACAAAGACCGUCAAGAUGCUCAGUUUGUUUGUGAUCAUUUGGGGAUACCUUUUUUCGAGAAAAAUUUUGUUAAAGAAUAUUGGAAUUACGUGUUUUUACCGCUUAUCAAGUCCUAUGAGCAGGGAGCUACACCAAAUCCAGAUAUAUUGUGUAAUAGAUUUGUAAAAUUCAAUUUGCUAACAAGGGCAGUGUUAAAAAGCAAGAACCAAUGCGCUGAUGAUGACGUUCAAGCAUCUUCAAAUUUGGCUGCAGACGCAAUUGCCACUGGCCAUUACUGUCAAAAUUCUUUUGGAAAUUAUCUGCAAUACCGAAAGGACAAUAUUGAGGCCAGAUUAUUACGUUCUGUUGAUAGAGUGAAAGACCAGACAUUUUGGCUAUCGACUGUAAGAGUUGAUGGUGAUCCUACGAUACAGACAUAA